UCCAUCUACAGCCUCUGCCAGCCCCUGCUGAGCCGCAGCAGCGUCCAGGGCAGGGUGUACAACUUCUUGGAGCGUCCCACGGGAUGGAAGUGCUUUGUGUACCACUUCACCGUCUUCCUUAUUGUGCUGAUAUGCCUUAUCUUCAGUGUGCUUUCUACAAUAGAACAGUAUGCAGCUCUUGCUACAGGGACAUUAUUUUGGAUGGAAAUUGUACUAGUGGUAUUCUUUGGAACGGAAUAUGUGGUUCGGUUAUGGUCAGCAGGAUGCCGCAGUAAAUAUGUUGGAAUAUGGGGAAGGCUGCGUUUUGCUAGGAAGCCUAUUUCAAUCAUUGAUUUAAUUGUAGUUGUUGCUUCCAUGGUAGUUCUUUGUGUGGGCUCUAAAGGUCAAGUCUUUGCAACCUCAGCUAUCAGGGGCAUCCGUUUUCUGCAGAUUUUACGAAUGCUCCAUGUUGACCGGCAGGGUGGUACCUGGAGGCUGCUGGGAUCAGUAGUGUUCAUCCACAGACAAGAACUGAUAACUACACUCUACAUUGGAUUUCUGGGCCUGAUUUUUUCCUCUUAUUUUGUGUACCUGGCUGAAAAAGAUGCUGUAAAUGAUUCUGGAGAAACAGAGUUUGGCAGCUAUGCAGAUGCCCUGUGGUGGGGAGUAGUGACUGUUACAACUAUCGGCUACGGGGAUAAAGUGCCUCAAACCUGGAUAGGAAAGACCAUUGCAUCUUGUUUUUCAGUCUUUGCAAUUUCAUUUUUUGCACUACCUGCGGGAAUUCUUGGUUCAGGCUUUGCCCUAAAGGUACAACAGAAACAAAGACAGAAGCAUUUCAACCGUCAAAUUCCAGCUGCUGCCUCUCUCAUACAGACUGCAUGGAGAUGCUAUGCAGCUGAAAACCCAGACUCUUCUACAUGGAAAAUAUACAUUCGAAAACCUGCCAGAAGUUAUCAUUUACUGUCACCCAGUCCAAAACCGAAGAAAUCAGUAAUGGUUAAAAAGAAGAAAUUUAAGUUAGACAAAGACAAUGGGCCUUCUUCUCCAGAUAGGAUGUUAACUGUUCCACACAUCACUUAUGACCACGUGACAGAGGACCGGAAACCUGAUUUCAGUUUUGAAGCAUAUGAAAAUUCUGUGAAAAAAAGCCCAACGUUUUUAGAUGUGAACACAGGACCCUUCAUCAGGACCAACAGCUUUGCCGAUGAGCUUGACCUGGAGGGUGAGACACUGUUGACCCCAAUAACUCACAUCUCACAGCUGCGAGAACACCACCGUGCUGCAAUUAAGGUGAUUCGUAGGAUGCAGUAUUUUGUGGCAAAGAAAAAGUUUCAGCAAGCUAGAAAGCCCUAUGAUGUCCGAGAUGUUAUUGAGCAGUAUUCUCAGGGUCACCUCAACCUGAUGGUGCGAAUCAAGGAGUUACAGAGGAGAUUGGACCAAUGCAUAGGGAAGCCAUCUCUUUUUAUCUCAGUCUCAGAAAAAAGCAAAGAUCGAGGGAAUAACACAAUUGGUGCCAGGCUGAACAGAGUGGAGGACAAGGUUACACAAAUGGACCAGAAACUGAACCUCAUUACGGAUAUGCUGCAUCAUCUGGUUUCCCGUCAGCAGGGGGAUCAAGGGAACAACAGAUCACCUCAAAGAGGCAACAACGUCAACUCGGAUCUUUUCCUGCCCAAUAACACCCUGCCGACCUAUGAGCAACUGACAGUACCAAGAAUAAAUGAAGAUGAUAUAUCUUGA